AUGAGUAAAUUUUAAGAAUUCAUUUCCAACAAGUAAAUAACAGAACUAUAAGAAUAGUUAGAAUAAGCUCGUAAUAAAAUUCAAAAAUUAGAAGCAUAAUAAUAGCAUGCUGGUUAAAUUGAUGAUAUUUACAUUUUAAGAGAUAGAUUAAUCAAAGUUUAAAAUGAAAAUAUUAAACUAAAAAAUACACUUAAAUAUAUUGAAUAGAAUCAAUAAUAUAACAAAUUGAAUGCUUUUUAUGACUAUUUCAAUAUUCCAAAUGUCUAAAAUAUGGAUAUCAAAUUGUAAUUGAUCAUAGAUUAAUUUAUUAAUUUAAAACAGGAAAUUGAAUUAAAGAAUUAAACCUUGCUUGAAUACUCUUAGAUUUAAAUUUAGAAUAAAGAAUUAUUAACAAAAGUGACAGUACUUGAAUAGUAAUUAAAAUUGAAAGAAAGUUAGAUAGAAAAAACAGAUAAAUAAAUUGUUAAUCUAACAAAACUUAUAGAAUAGUUGUAAGUAUAAGCUACAGAAUCCUUUUGGGAUUUAAGAAUUAAAUGUGAUAAUUUAAAAUCAUUAAUUUCAAAUGGAUGGGAAUGUGAUUAAAAAAUUAAUUAAAAUAGUGAUCAUCCUUAAAAAAUAGCAACAAUUAUAUCAGAAUAACAUUCUUUAUUAAGUAAAAGAUUUUCUUAGCCAAUUUUUGAUCAUCAUUUAUAUUUUAAAUUAAAAGAAUAAACACUUUAUAUUGUAAAGUAAAUAUAAUGUACAUCAUAACCUAUUUAAUAAAUAAAAAAAUAAAUAGAAGCUUUAGAUGAAUUUUGGCUCAUGUUUAUUUUAGUUAAAAAUUAUCCUAUUAUUAUAUUAAAUGACAACAAUUAAAGUAUCAACAAUUCAGAAUUAUUUAAAAAAGUAUAAUUUAUGAAGUAAUUAUUAAAUUCAGAAUCCCCAAUUUAUUAUAAUUAAGAAGUUGCAUAUGAAAUGAAUAUAGAUUUCUAGAAUAUUUAAUUUGAAAUUGCAUAAUUUGCUUAAUAGUCAUUUAGUUGGUUUUUUGAAUAAUCUAAUGAUUUAGUUAUAGUGAGUGAAUAUAAUAAACGAAUUAAAUUAAGUGGAACCAGUAAGGUUAAAUAAGCCAGAGAAUGCACUCUCUUGCAUUAUAUAACAGAUUACUAUUAAAUAACAUAAGAUAACAGAGUAAUGUUAUGCAUUUAGAGCAAUUCUAAAGAUGCACCUAAAGUGUAAAAGCAGUAAGUGAAUACAGGAAUAGUUGCUAAGAUAAAAAACAAAGAGAAUUAUAAUAAAGUUUGUUAAAUUAUUAAUUCCUAAAUUACACAGGAUACAACAAUUUAAUAUGAUGAAAAUUAUGUGUAUAUUUAUUUAUGA